CUCAUCCUGUCUUCUGAGAACAGCCAAGAAAAAAAAAAAGGCUCGCUACACUUCACAAUGGCUCUUCCCGACUGCCAGAGCUGUCCACAACUGGAUAUAUUUCGGCGGAAAAGAGACUCUAGGAAUUGGCAGCAUCACCGGACUGAAAUCGCGCAGGAUGAUGCAAGCAACAGCGACACAAGCACAUUCCCAGAGUCUGACUGCGAUAUCUUUAUCAUAAAAACCAAGGCUAGGAAAGUCCGCGAAUGCCCAAAAUGCCAGACUUAUUUUAUCCACACGUUUCAAAUCCCUGAUCUCUGGUGGGAAGAGUACUGUCGAGACCCCAAGGGAUAUUUUGGCUGCGAGGAUACUCUAGACACGGAGGGAAAUGUGAACGGCUUUAAUACCUGGGCGCGUUUCAUUGUCAAGGACGUGAAACGUAACUUUGCAGAGUAUGAAUGGUACAAGGUCAACAUCUUUACACGAUGGUUGCCGUCCACUAAGCAAACGAUCUUGCUCUUGUUCGAUCUCCCUUCUCCAAUCGCAGAGAGACCCCCGAGCCAACUUAUUGGUGAUCCGGACUCCCAGUGCCUCACAGAUCCCUUCUGGAUCUAUGAGCCCUUGAUGCGGGAAAUCGUUCGCCUCCAAGAUACGGCUGUGGCGGCCAUAGCCACUCAGGUUAGGUUCUUGGAGUCAAUGCGAACACCCCUGCAAACACGUACAAUGCCAAACUACCAGGCCUUUCACGAUCUUACCAGGCAUACAACUCAUGUCUCCGAGACUCUCGCCGUAACUAUCAAGACUCUAAAUGGUAUAUUGUCGGAGCAUGCGAGUUUCAUCGGUCAAUCGCCACACGCCUCGCAAAAUAUCCAAAGGCGCCUACUAUUUUUCGAACACAUGGUUCAGGGUCUACACAAUCGUUCCCACUCGAAUAGAGAACGCCUGACAAACGAAAUUCAGCUCUCGAUCAACGUCAUUGCGCACUAUGAUUCGGGCGUAUCAGUUGCCAUUGGACAAGCAGCACAGGAAGACAGCGCUGCAAUGAAAACGAUCGCCUUUCUUACCAUGACCUUUCUACCGCCGACUUUUAUAUGCGCAAUAUUCAGCAUGUCCUUCUUUAACUACAGCCCUGAGUCAGAUUCUUGGUCGGUUUCAGAGAAAUUCUGGCUGUAUUGGGCAAUUGCGGUGCCGAUAACGGUAGUCACUCCUCUUCUGUGGCAAUACUGGCACCGUUUCUUCCCAUCUCAACGUGCUGAGGAAGCCAAACUAGCAUAAUCAUACUGCGAACGAGUAGCCAUACAUGGCUAGCCAGGGAAACUAGAAUCGUUUACAUUAAAUUUGGUAUAUCUGGACUUACUUAAAUUCUUACGAACAUGGUCUUUAUAUGAGACUGAUACGUGGACCUGCAUAUUCUAAUAGUUUGAUGGUCUAAUUUAUGCAAAUCUU